AUGUGGUGUAUAUCGGAAGGGCUUAGGGUGAUUCAUUUGUGUGGGCUCACACCCUGUAUGUUACAAUCUCCAAUUCCUCCAGCUCCUGACGAAUUCUUUUUUCCGCCCAUUCAGGAAGAUCAGAUGUCGAUGAAUGGUGGAGUGAAUGGUGGUGGAUGUGUGAGUUGGCAAUUACUCUCCGUCUCUCUGCACAGGACUCCAUCAGUGGGAUUUGGCAUAGCGAUCUCUGGUGGACGAGACAAUCCCCAUUUCACAUCAGGCGAACCAACAAUUGUCAUCUCCGACGUUGUGCCAAACGGACCCGCUUGGGGUCUCUUACAAGUGAACGAUCGAAUCCUCUCAGCGAACGGGGUCUCUUUUGAGAAUAUCGACAACAACACGGCUGUUGAGAUUAUCAAACACGCUGAACAGAUCAAUAUGAUCGUGAAGCGACGGGUGGCAAUGCCGGUGAUGGAAUUCGAACAACGAACACUCAAAUUCACGCUCACCAAAUCGAAAAAGAAGGACGAUUUUGGUAUCGUCUUGGGUUGCAAGUUCUACAUUAAAGAAAUCCGAAAUCCGAAAUUGGCUGAAAAGGACCCGGGUCUUCGCGAGGGUGACGCGAUUGUUCGAAUAAACGGGCAAUCUGUUGAAGGGGCAUCACUCGAAGAAUGCAAUAAAUGGCUUGAGAGAUCUCGAGACAAAUUAUGUUUGGUGAUUCAACGUGAUGUAAGAAGAGGGACAUCAAGAUGGCCAUCGCAGAAUACAGUUUAUGAAAGGGUUGGUAGUGUUGGAGCUACUCCACGACAUAGCCCUUCACCAAUGACACAACAUCAAGCACUGUCCCAAAGAUCAUCUCACGAAUACAUCAACAGUCCUCGAUGGAGACCCGAUGGAAGUCUCGAUGAUCCACAAAGAAGAGUCUCUUCCCCGGUGACAAGUAUGCAUUCACCAGCCGAGUACGACUAUUAUCUGAGGAGUCAAGGCAAAGAUGAUCCCUCGGCGCGGACGAUCACUUUCAGAAAGGUUGGCGGCAGUGUUGGCAUUCGUGUAGUUGGUGGAAAUGAAGUGGGGAUUUUUGUGUCGGCCGUUGCCGCCGAAUCGCCAGCAGCAAUUCAUGGAGUCUGUUGUGGAGACAAAAUUAUUGAGGUGAAUGGUCGAAAUAUGCGUGGUGUGACAAGAGAAGCGGCUGUGCAGCUGCUCUUGGCUCUUGAUGAUCGAGUCACUUUGAGGGUAGAGCACGCAAGAGCCGAAUUCGAGCACGUUCGAAACAAUCAAUUGGGAGACAAUUUCUAUAUCAGAGCUCAUUUUUCUAAGGAAAAGAAAGGAUCACCAUUGGAAUUAUCUGUGAAUGAAGGGGAUAUAUUUCAUGUCACUGAUACAUUAUUUGGAGGAACUGUCGGUUUGUGGCAAGCUGCUCGAGUUUAUUCAGCCUCGAAUAUCAAAGGAGAACCGAUCAAGGGUGUCAUUCCUAAUCAAAUCACCGCGGAGGGAAUGGCACGUGAACAACGAAGACAACAAGCUGAAUCGGCAAAGAAAUUGGGACCUGGUGGGACACUGUUAAGGAGAUUAGAUGCAAGACGGACAAAGAGCUUACCGAAGAAUGUUUUGUGUGAUCCGGCUGAGGCAGCAGCUAGUGUCCCCGCUCCUGCUUAUGAAAGAGUUGCCUUGAACACUCCAUCAUUUCCCAGACCGGUUGUCUUAUUGGGCUCUCUAUCUGAUGUAGCCCGAGCUCAACUCCUUUCGCAAUAUUCUCUCCGUUUCGGUGCUCCUCCCGAUGGAAUUGUUCGAUUAGGUGCCGUUGAUCAGUUGAUUGCCGCGGGCAAACACGCUGUAUUGGAUAUUUCGGUGGAAUCGAUCGAACGCCUUCAACUCGCUCAAUAUGCUCCAAUUGUGGUGUUAAUUGACGUUGAUGGGCGCUCAAGAAUACGGGAAAUUCGUAAAAAGAUGAAUGCGACACAUAUUUCAAGCCGAAAGCUAGCUGAUCAGACGGCGGCCAUCAAAAAACAUCACGCACAUUUGUUAUCAGCCACCGUUGACGCUACACAAGAAGAUGGAUGGUUUGAAGCGUUGCGAGACCUCAUUGGACAUUUACAACAGAGGCGUUUAUGGAUGCCCGAAUUCCCUCCAAAUAUUCCAUUGGAAGAUGUUUUAUUAUUCCCAGCAGUCAAUGCAAAAUCAAACGGUGCUGAUUCUGACGUUGAAUCGUCAAAAGGAGAUUAUGGGGAUUACUCACAGAGAAGCGAUAUUGCACCAUCACCGAUGAGCAGAAGCUAUCUUGCUUGGGACACUGGAAAUGCCUCUCCAUCACUUGCCGGCAAUUCAUCGUCAUCGAGUGAGAUUCAAGCAUCAAAAUUUCGUGUUCCUUACCCACCAAAUCAUCAUUAUUCAAUGAACGGAGAUUAUCAACAACAACAAAUUCCCCUAAUGAACGGUGUUUGUAACUCUACUAAUCCUGGCACUCGUUUUGCCACUCUCCCUCGUCGAAUCCAUCGAAAUGUGCCUGAUCCACCAUCAAAUGAUCACCAUUCAAUCAAUUCAAUCAAUGAUGAUCUCCCGAAUCCACCCCCAAUCCGUGUCAAUCUUCCCAUUCCAUCACCUACACCAAUCCCAUUAACACCAAAUAAAGAUUCGGAUUUGGGCGAACUCAGCUCUCAACACCCACGAAAUUCGAAUGGAUCACAGACAGGUCUUCGAAUGACCGCCUCGACACACAAUCCAAAUGGUGGAUACAGUGUUUCGCAGUUACUAUCAGAUUCAUCUCAUCCGACAACGAAAUUGGAUUCCGAUUUGAAUAAUUUACGUUUGCGAGACUCGGAGAAAUCAAUGGAAAUUCAACGGGAACGCGAAGAAGCAAGUCAAAGAUUGGAUGAUGCGGCACAGCAACUACGAGAAGUCACACAAAGACUUCAGGCUCCCCUUCAACCACCAAGUGCUGACAUGUACAGUCGAAAACCGAUUCACGACAAUGGUGGAGAGCCCAUUUCAUCGAAUUUCUUACUGGAGCGAUCGUUUUCUGGCCGAAGUGGCGGAAAACAACAGCAACAACCAUCCCAAGCGACAAAACCAGUCAUUGCACCAAAGCCAAACUUUUAUGGGGACACCUAUUUCAAGGAACGAGUGAAUGGAUCAUUCACAGCUUCACAAAAUAACAAUAAUCAAGAGAAAAGAGGGACUUUUGUGAUUGAAUCCGGAUCAAAGAAUGGGAUCAAGAAUAUUGACGAAUCACCGCCAGAGAGGUCAUCAAUGAGUGGGAAUGGACAUCACACACAUCAACAUGAAGAAGAACCGAUUGUUGUUGAAGAAGCGUCACAAAUGGUGGGAGCCGAGGGUGGAGUUGUUUGUUGUCCGGGAAGUCGAGUUGAACUUCGCAUUCCUCCCGGGGCACUUCCAUUGGGACAAAAACAUGAAAUAUACGUGAGGGUAUGUCAAGAAGGAUCAGUUCUUCCACCAAUCGAUCCAUCAAGGGGUGAAACACUUCUUUCGCCACUUGUCAUUUGCGGACCACAAGGAUUGCAAUUCAAUAAGCCGGCUGAACUGAGAUUACCACACAAUGGGAGUGUCUCAACGGACCAAUGGCAAUUCUCGCUAAAAACAGGAGAUGGAGGACGAUGGACAAAUGUCGAUAUUGAUAAAGACAGCGGCAUGACUUCACAAGAUUUCCUCUCCGUCCCAAUUCAUUCAUUU